CCGGGGCGCAGUCGCCCGGUGGCGGGCGGCGGGACGCUCGGGGCCAGGGGCUGGGGACGCACCCGCCGACGCCAUGGACCUGCUGUCUGCCUUGAGCCUGGGAGAGCUAGCGCUCAGCUUCUCGCGGGUGCCGCUCUUCCCAGUCUUCGACCUCAGCUACUUCAUCGUCUCCAUCAUCUACCUGAAGUAUGAGCCAGGAUCUGUGGAGCUGGCCCGACGCCACCCGGUGGCGUCCUGGCUGUGCGCCAUGUUGCACUGCUUCGGGAGUUACAUCCUGGCGGACUUGCUCCUCGGGGAGCCCAUCAUUGACUACUUCAGCAACAGCUCCAGUAUCCUGCUGGCCUCUGCAGUGUGGUACUUGAUUUUCUUCUGUCCCUUGGACCUCUUCUACACGUGCGUCUGCUUCUUGCCCGUGAAGCUCAUCUUUGUGGCUAUGAAGGAGGUGGUGCGGGUCCGAAAGAUUGCCGUGGGCAUCCAUCACGCACACCACCACUACCACCACGGCUGGUUCGUCAUGAUCGCCACCGGCUGGGUCAAAGGCUCUGGUGUUGCCCUCCUGUCCAACUUGGAGCAGCUGCUUCGAGGAGUCUGGAAGCCCGAGACCAAUGAGAUCCUGCACAUGUCCUUCCCCACCAAGGCCAGCCUGUACGGAGCCAUCCUGUUCACGCUGCAGCAGACCCGCUGGCUGCCCGUGUCCAAGGCCAGCCUCAUCUUCAUUUUCACCAUGUUCAUGGUGUCGUGUAAGGUGUUCCUGACGGCCACACACUCGCACAGUUCUCCAUUUGAUGUCCUGGAGGGUUACAUCUGCCCAGUGCUGUUUGGGGCAGCUUGGGGAGGUGAUCAUCACCAUGACAACCAUGGAGCACCACAUGGCAGCGGGCUGGGCACCCAGCACUCUGGCCUGCCUGCCAAGGCCAGGGAGGAGCUGAGCGAAGGCUCCAGGAAGAAGAAGACCAAGAAGGCGGAUUAGAGAAGGCACUCCCCAUGGGGGUGCUGGGGAGAAGGAUGUGGACUGGGAACCUCAGAACUUGGGGGCGCACAGAGCUCAGAAUCCCCUCUGUGGUCUCAACUUCCCCAUCUGCAGUUUGGAGCCAUCAGCCACCCCCAGGGCGAUGGGGCUGCGAUUCGAGGGAGGAGUUCUGUAGGAGUAAGAAGCCCUGCUUUCUGCAGGACCCCUCAUGACAUCACAGCCUUCAGGGUCACCCAGUCCUCAGCAGAAGCCCUGGCCAGUAGACUCUUGGUUUUCUGUCUUUGUUCUUUCAAAUUGUAUCUUGUAACCAAAAGAAUUUAAGGCCACAUGGAGACUCAGUUACCCAAUUCCUCCCAAGAGCCAGGUGCUGGGGUUCCCACAUCCUUUCCCGCCGUUCCUGUCCUUCUGGGCAUCUUGGAGCAAAUGGCUUCAUUCUCUGAGCCUCGUGCUUCCUGUCAGUAGUGUGGAGACGCCAGGUCCUCCUGUGUACAGAGGAUAGAUAAUGUCAGAAGUUUCCUAAGCAGCUUGCUAUGGCCGGGGAGCUGGGAGCCGGAUAAAGGAUGGCGGCUUUGUACGUGAGGCCGUUUGAGUUUGGGCCCAGAAGGUCUCACCAGUUUCUCAGCCAAGCAGACCCAGCCAGGGCUGAUGGCUAGGAAGCGGAGCUUGAGUUUCCAGCUGCCCACAGACAAAAGAAGUGUAGCCAGCUGCAUGCAGUGCGGAGUGUCUGAGAGUGCAGCCUCUGGGACACUGGGCACAUCGGGUGUCCUUCAUGCUGGGCCAGCAUCAUUCAUUCAGCCAUCCAGCAAACACAGAUCCACAGCUGCUCCGUGGAGCACUGCGCUGCUGCUGGGGAGGGGCAGGGCCGUGGUAGCCAAAGUCACCAGGACUUCUGAGGGGUGCGCGUGGGGCACGGCUGGGCUCAGGCCUCUGUGAAUGCCCCCGAUGCCCGUCUGCUGGGAGGCAGGGGAGGACCUGAGACUGGAAGCUGCUGGGUUCCAUCCUCCGGUGUCAAUCAAAGCUCAGUGAGUGAUCAGCCAAUAAAUGUAAAAGUGAACCAA